CGAACGCGCCGCCGCUGGUCGGUCGCUGUCUCCUGCUUGUCAAUCAUACACGACAACGACAAGCAUGACGCAGCAAGCAACCAGCACCACAAUAGGUGCGCAAACAGCUGCUGCAACGCCAUUGCCGUCUUUGAUUGUAGCAAACUUCGCCUGCAUGUAUCGAAUGUCACAUUACCAUCUCUCAAACACCAUAUUCCUGCCUUCUCGCAUCUCGCAUCUGCUGUCAAACCAUCUCAUCGCAAAUCAGACUUUAUGUUGCUUCGAACAAACCAAGCCAUGUAUCCGCACCUGACCAAACCACAACUGCUGGGAUCUUGCAUUCAAAAGAGCGGUGUCUCUCGAGAGCCUGGCUUGCAU